UAAUACGAGACUUGCCGGCUUGUAAACGCCGAAGGGCUAAUAACAGAAAUACGACGCCGAUUAGGCCGGGGCCUUAACUGAGGCCCCCGCUGGACUUAUUUCGGCCUUUACCUUAAGACCUACUCCGGAAGCUUCUCCAUGGAAGACGGGUGAAGAUAAUUUCGGAUAUCUUUAAGAGCCGGAGAAUCUACCUAGGUACACCCCUUUAUUCAUGACUCACACCGAUGCAUGUUAUCAUUAUUUCACGGCUGUGGCUCCUUCUCGUUAGGUGUUGAUCCGAUAAUACUAUUCCCGAAAAGAUUUGGUGGAGUGAACUAAACUUGACUUGCGUAGUGACGUCGCUAUUUACUGUGGAAACCCCGCGAUGUUGCCAUAAGUUCCAUUAAUCACCCGCGGAUGAAUAUAGAUUGGUGGGGUUAUCGAGAUAGUUCCUGAAGCAUACCUAAUAUAUAUAGGUUCAUAGUUCGACCUUGAGGGUAGAAAACUUCAAGCAGGUUCAAAAGGCAGUCUUCCCUCAUCGACACCAUACCUUUAGACAUCUAUCACUCAGAUAUCCCACUUAAUAAAAAUCUAUCAUAGAAGAAACACGAAAAUAAACUCUUAAAAUGCCUAAGGUUCUAUUAACAGGCGGUUCCGGAUUUAUUGCCGCCCACGUCCUCGAGCUUCUGCUCAAGAGGGGGUACGAGGUGUUAACGACGGUGCGCUCCGAGACCAAGGCCUCCCAGAUCCGCGCCAAAUACCCCGGCGCGAAGCUCUCGGUAGCCAUUGUGCCGAACAUCGCGGUGCCCAACGCCUUCGACGAGGUGAUAGCGAACAACCCCGGGAUCGACUACGUGCAGCACACGGCGUCCCCCUUCCACUUCAAGUUCUCGGACGCUCGCACGGAGCUGCUAGACCCGGCUAUCAACGGCACCAAGGGCAUACUCCAGGCCAUCGCCAAGCAUGCGCCUAGCGUCAAGCGCGUCGUCGUCACGAGCUCCUUCGCCGCCAUCAUAUCCGAGGCCAAGAUGAACGACCCCACGACGGUCUUUAGCGAAGCAGACUGGAACCCAAGCACGUACGAGGACGGACUCAAAGGCCCCCCACCGACAUCCUACCGGGUGUCGAAGAAGUGCGCGGAAAAGGCGGCGUGGGACUUCGUCGAGCAGGAGAAGCCGGGCUUCGACCUGGCGACGAUCUGCCCGCCGAUGGUCUUCGGCCCCGUGGCGCACCACCUCGACUCCCUGCGGGACAUCAACACGAGCGACCAGCGGUUCGUCGACCUGAUGCAGGGCAAGUGGAACGACGAGAUCCCGGCCUCGGGCGUGUUCCUGUGGGUCGACGUCCGCGACGUCGCCCUCGCCCACCUCCGCGCCAUGGAGAUCCCCGAGGCCGGCGGCCAGCGCUUCUUCACCACCGCCGGGUACUACGACAACGCGCGCAUCGCCCGCGUUGUGCGCGACGGGCUCCCCGACCUGGCGGCCGCCGGGAAAUUGCCCGGCGACAACGUCAGGCUCGCCCCCGGCGCGGAGAAGCCCGCGCAGGUGUUCGGCUACGAUAACUCCCGCGCCACCAAGGUCCUGGGCAUCGAUUGGAUACCCCUCGAGAAGUCGGCCGUCGACACGGUGAAGAGCCUGCUUGAGAUUCCUGCCUGAAGAAAUCCGGUUGGGUGGUUGGAUAUCUACCUAAAUACUGCCUUGAUUGAACGGGGAAAAAGAAAAGAGAAAAAGGGGGGUGAGGAAAGGGGUUAUCUUUUUUUCAAGAUCUUAGCCCCUGACUUCUACAUAGACCCAACGUCCGCCCAUGCGCUGGGAAGUUAUAUAUAGAUCGACUGCAUGGCAUUUCUAGGUAUAAUUACAAAUCAGAAUUACAAAUCAAAUCGA